GUCGUGCUGGAGACGGUGCUGCCCGCGCCCGCCGAGGAACCCAAUAGCACCGACAGCGCCAAAGCUCCCAAAGUGAACUGCGAGGAGAGAAACAUCACCGGCAUGGACAGCUUCACGCUGCAGAUCCUGAACGUGUCUCAGGACCUAAUGGAGUUCUUAAACCCAAACAGCAGUGACUGUACGUUAGUCUUGUUCUAUACACCGUGGUGCCGCUUUUCUGCCAGUCUGGCACCUCAUUUUAAUUCUUUACCUCGAGCAUUUCCUACUCUUCGCUUCCUGGCGCUGGAUGCAUCUCAGCACAGCAGUUUAUCAACUAGAUUUGGAACUGUGGCUGUACCCAAUAUCCUCCUUUUCCAAGGUGCUAAACCUAUGGCUAGGUUUAAUCAUACAGACAGAACGCUGGAAACACUGAAAGACUUCAUUUUUAAUCAAACAGGUAUAGAAGCUAAAAGCGACGUGGCUGUGACCAAGGAAGACUGGGAAGGGCCCCUGCCCAGCGUGCUGACAAAAGGCAUAGACUGGCUGCUUCUCUUUUCUUUGCUCUUCCUGGCUAGCUUUGUCAUGUACGCUACUGUUCGAACGGAGAGCAUUCGGUGGCUGAUCCCAGGACAGGAGCAUGAACACCAAGAAUAAUCUGAGGUGCUGAAAUAGGGACAGAAUUUCCUGCUUAUUGGUAAAGCAGGAAUUUGCAUGGACUAGAAGUACGAAAAGAACGGACUGUUGAAUUUGUUGGUUGUAAUUUAUAACCUUGACUGAAAGUCUGCUUUAUUUAUCAACUACUGAAUCUGUAAAAAGAAAAUUUGUGGCAAAUAAUGUGGUAAGU